CUGAGAAAAGUGAAGAGCAGUAGAAGACAAAAACUGGUGGACAAAACACCUUGCUAUUUCAUUCAUAUUAGUUUUCGAACGAGGCUGCAGCCUGCUGAAUGUUGUCUGCUCCCUGGCCGCGCAUGCACAGAAGACGCACCUAAACAUUGUUUCACUAUUCAUGCCACACUUGUUUCGUGACAGCGAUCCUGUUCUCACAGGCUAAUCAACGUGCCUCAUUCCUGGAAUUAUCUGUCAAGGACUCAAAGCUGCUGGUGGUGGAGGUGCGGCCCAUAAGAUGUCUCCUGGACACUCCCUCGGGCCCCACCUACACUGAUAAAUGGAUGGAACACUCACAUUGGAAGGAGCUUCAUCAUCAUCUGUUGGAGGUGGUGGAGGAGUAUGAGGAGCAGAGGGCUGCCCUGAAUGUGGAAUGCAACAAGCCAAAAUGCAAGAGUGGCAGAACACUACAAAUUGGGUACAUGUUCCGUCCUCUUCCACAAUGCUGGUGCUCCCUCUACUUCCUUACUCCAAGAAAUCUGAACACCUGGACAGAUGAUGGGAAUGGCAGCGGAGACCUACAAGAUAAAGGGGGACGUUAUGAGGACUUGGUGGCUUGUGGAGAGAUGCUGGUGGUCAGUGUGACUCUUAGUGAUCUGGCUGGUAGCUCCUCUCAAUCAGCUUUUAGUCAGAACUCAAGUAAAAGUCAUCAGCAGGCAAGUACCACCAACAAGCUGAUGAAGGCCCUGGGCAGCAAGAUGGAAAACACUAUCUCGGACUAUUUCAAAACUCCUGAGGGUAGUGAUUCCUGUGUGCCAUUCAGGGACACCCAGUCGUCCAAGAGAAUCUUGUCAAGUGGACCUAGGGAGGGAAUGUCUUCCGCUGGGGUAAAGACCUUAGGAAGACUUGAGAAGGAAAAUGAAAGUGGCAUAGUUGGUGAGAGUGUGGCUGACAACUGGCUUCACACUGCUGUAAAUGCACCAAAACCUUUGUGUCUUACUGAGGGUGAUUGCAAUCCUCAGGAAGAGAGGAUUAAGAAGAAUGAUGAUCAGCUUCAGCAUAGAAUUAAAGUAAAGAAACUACAGUUACCAAAGAAAACUAUGAAAGCUUUUACAAACUUGAAACAAACUUCAUUGUUGGAUUUUAAAUCUUGUACAGGUUUGUCAUGCUCAGAAUCAGAGUUAAGAAAUGUUUGUUCGCCUGCAGUAGCAAAUGUGAGUGAUAAAAAAGUAAAUGUUCAUGGAAACUUGAAUAAAAAUUCCAAAACAUCAGAGGCUGAUAGUGUUCAGAAAACAAAGGAAGAUUUCAGGAAUUCACCACACAAAAAUUUGCUACUUGUGCUGGAUGUGACUGGCAAAUACAACAGUGACUUGCAAGUGAAGGCAGAAGUUGACUCAGAAUCAGAGAAUCAUGAUGAAUUCAGGUCUUAUGAGGGUAGUGUUACAAGAGACUUCCUUGUAGAGAGUGAUGGUCAGCAGGUGAAUGUUGAAUGUGGGGCACAAAACAUGAAUGGGUUGGAUUGCAGUCAAGUGUUUGUCUCUGGUGAAGAGAACAGAUUGCACAAUGUCUUGUACAGUGCCAGUGUGUCUCAGAGGAAAGAAGUUGAUGAUGUAGGAGGCAAUGUCUCCCCACAGAUAGAUCUUUUUGGUUCCUUAGCCAUACCAGACAUUGCUGGGAAGGUAAAAGAGAACACAGUAGGAAAAGCUAAUGAUUGUGAACAAUACAUGCUUGUAGAUGGAUUAUCAUAUGUCCCCUUAAUGUCAAGAGGCAGUUCAAGAAAUGCAUCAGAAGCACUAUCAUGUAAUUCUGACAUGUUACCAAGCAUUGUAUGGCAAGAAAACAUUGACACAGACUCAUGUUUCAGUGGGUUCAGUAUGUGUAAAGUAGAAAUGAAUGCUGGAGAUGAAUCUUUCCAUGGAAGUAAUAGGGAAUAUGAACAGCAGAAUUAUAGAAAAAGAGAGAUUAUAAGGUGUUCAUCAAAUUCUGAAAACGCUGCUGAAAAUAGUCAGUAUUCCUCAGAGAGAGCAGAUGAGCCAUUUUUGCAUAAGAGGAUUAAAGAAGAGCUUGUAGAAUCAGAGCACAAUUCACAUGCAUAUUCACAUUCAUCUAUGGAAAAUGAAGAUAAUGUGCAGAAGAGAAUACAUCAAAAUCAGGAUAGAGAGAUGUGCUCUGGCAAAGAAGAACAUGAUGAAAAUGAGGAGCCACAGGAAGACUGGGAAAUAUUUUAUGCAGUUAGAAAGAUACCUGUGGAGGUCUCAUCACAAAAAAAGUUAAUAUCACCAGUGAAUAACCAUGAAAAGUCUGUGCGCACAAAGACCGCAGAGGGUGACACUGCAAGUCUGUUCAUUUCUUCCAACCGUGCAGACAUUCAAUCUAGCAAGUCAGGAGAGGGACCAUCAGAAGUGUCAAAAUGUGAUGAAUCUGCUAAUUGUGUAAAAAGGCCUGAGGAGACUCGUCCAUCAAGGGUAACUGUGAAAUACACCAAAUCCUGCCGGCAGGUCACUCAAAAACACAGUGAUUUGAAAGCAUCAGUUCCAGGGUGUCAAAACUCUUGUCAGCUUGGAAAGAAGCAUAGCAGAGAAAAGGUAAAGGUGAAAAAUUAUAGGAAUAUGAAUUCAGAAACAAGCCCUGAGUUAAGAUGUCUUUCAACAGGCAUUGAAUAUCCAUCACGAACAGAAGAAUCAUUACAUUCAGCCAGAGACACUGCAAUGGAAGGAAAUGAAAAAAUUCACCCCACAGAAAUUCUCCUUCAGGCUGAGGAGAGGAGUAAUAGGCCGACAAGUCCUGAAAUAGAACAUAUUCCAUCUAGCAUGAAAUAUCUAUCAGGAGCAAAGAAAUCAUGUUCAGCUGAAGAUUCUGUGAUAGCAAGAAAUGAAGAAGCUCAAUGUACACAAGUGUUUGAAAGUGAAAAUUCAUUCUCGUCUGAGGAAAGGACAGAGUACAUGGUUGAAAGACAGGUGGCAAGUGAUCUAUUCUCCUAUAAGCAUCAUUUGGAUGUGAAAGACACAUUUGAGUAUUGGUGUAGGUCUCAGAAUGCCAGUAUUUCACCACAAUGGUCACCCAAUGGAAACUCACAGGAGAAUAGAAAUGCAGAGUUUUCAUUUGUAAGUGAAGAAGGCUUGAUUACAGAUGAAUGUCUGUCCCCAAGCCAUAUGUGCGAUCAUUCUCCAGUAUUGAGGGAGGAACCUGUACAAUACAGUGCACUUCAUGUUAAUGAAGAAGAACCUUUGCUGCUUGCUUCCCAAAAAAGUCCAGAGAAAAAUAAUUUAGUGGGUGUUUUGAGAAGCAUGAAAUUUCUUAAUAAUAGACACAGGGAAGGUUAUGGAGGAUCGACCUCUGAGAGUGAAUGGUGUGAGGGAAGACAAGCUGAAGUGAUACAGGAAAAGAAAAAGAAUUUAGUUAAAAGAUGUCUUUAUGCAACACCAGAGUUUUCAGAAACACAGACCAAUGUCCUUUCUUCUGCAUCAGAUGAGAAAAACAAUGAAUUUGAAAAGAGGAAUUCAUAUUUCAGAACAGGCAAAGAAUCAUUUACUGACUCUUUGGCAGCACAUCAUAAUUCACUAUGUUUCAGCUCAGGCUCAGCUGUAGAGGAUAGCUUGAAGCAGGAGAAUCACAGGCGUGAAUCACGAGCAGGCUGCUCCACUCCACAACAGCAUCAGACAUGUACAAAGACACAGAAAGAUGUUCACAAAGCUGCUGGUAUGUAUGAUAAAGAAAAAGGCACCAGCAAAGUAGGAAAGAAGAAGAAAGAGCAGUCAAAUAUUUCAUCUUUCUUUAACAGGAACAAGAAAGUUCAAUCCAAAAGAGUAUAUAAGGUUAAUUCUUGUCCUGCUAGUUUGUGUGGUGAGAGCAGUCAAGGAGUGCAAGCCCAAAAAACAAUGGCACAGUUUUCACAGGAUGCUGUUGGAUGUGAAGUAAGAUUGGAUGCCUUAGAUGAAGAAUAUAUCCCAGAAAAAGUCUUGCCUAAAGGAAUGAAGGGAGUCAGUAGGGAAUUCUCCUCCCCUAAUGUUCGAACAAAUGAAAUUUAUCUUUUUAAAGCAAAUGACCAAUUGCUCUUGACUAAGAAAGCCAAAAUACUUGCAAGGGAUUCAGAGGAGUCAGAUCAUUCUGUAGAUCACAUGGAGGAAAAUUUGGCUGAAUCUUUCAGAGAAUAUACUGGCUGUGUGUCAUCUAAAAUCAGGCAUGUGUCAAAUUGUUUGUCUGCAGAGGACUUACAGUCUAAGUCAUUGGAGAGUGAGCAAGUAAAGAACCUAAGGAGGAGUACAAGAAUAAAGAGAAAAGUUCCUUUAUUGAGUAAUCAGUACUCUGACAUAAAUAAUGAGGAUGUUUCAGAGUCAGAGUGUUCCAGUGAAGUUGAGGAUUCUUCACCACAACCCAAGAAAUUGAAAGAAAAUGCUCACAAAUUUGCAGCAAAGGACAAAGAAAGAAAAGGUACCCUAAAGCAGAAAAAAAUGGUGAAAUAUUUGAAAGAAAAGAGCCCUGUAAAAAAAAGGAGUGAAGCAGUACAGUGUAAGAAUCCCUACAAGGAAAGCAGCAGGGAGAUAGAUGAAAACAAAGGUCAAGAUGAUACCAGUAAGCCACAUUUGCUUAUCAAGAAAAAAGUUCAGCAACGUGCUCAUAAGACCCAGGAAGUGGUCUCAAAACCAUCCACUAGCAAACAUUUCAAAGCAUCCUGCAGUAAACAAGAAGAGGUCAGCAAGACUCAAGGCAUGAAGAAAAACUCUGACUUAAAUUACUAUAAUGAACUAUGGAAUUUCUCCCUUGGUGAAGAGGGUGGCAAGAAGUACAAGCAAAUGGGCAAUACCAUAAAACAGAAAAGUAAAAAAUCCUCACCUAAGAAGGAUCAGAGGGCCACCUCCUCAGGAAAUCACACCAAGGAGAAACAAAAGGGAAAAGACACAAGGGAAAGAAACUCAAAAUCUGACAUGGAAAACUGUGCUCCAGAUCACAUUGAUGAUGACUUUUAUUGGAAGAUUCAGGCUGAGGUGGAACAGCUGAAUGCCAUUGUCUUGAAAGAUGUAGAUGACUUGCCAGUGGUGUCCAAAACAAACAGCAGCAGCAAGAUGAGAAAUGGAAGGAAGUCUCGUGAGGAAGAGUGUCAGGUCACGAAUGUGGUGGAAGGCUCAACACGCAGCUUGGACUCUCUGAGGAACAGCUAUAGGCAGCUGCAAAAUAUGACCAAUAGUGACUUGGAACAGCGGCUGGAAGAUAACAUACCUUACUUGGAGGAUGUGAUUCGGGGAAAUGUGCCUAACGAGAGACAUCAGUGGUUCAAACAAUGUAAUCCUGAGUUGAUGCUGCAGCAGGACUACCUCAUCUAUGGUCCUUUCACCUCUGAUCAGUCACUCUUUGUGCUGGAACUUCUCAAGAAGAAACUUAGUCAUAUGGACAACUUCAUUGGCAAUUCCUAUGAGCUGCCUAUCUACCGGUGCCGUGUCCUGGUGCCGACCUUCUUUACAAAAAUUGUCAUGGACAAUGAAAACGUCACCUUGAAUGAGGCUUACAAACUCAUGACCAAGUUCAGUCUCAACCAGGACAUUGCAGUUGAUCUUCAGCACUCUGACUCAAGAAAGUUUUAAAUUUAGAACCUUGAUAACUAUUGUAUAACUCCUUAGUUUUAAUUAAACAUUUGAGAAGCAAGAAUGUGAUGCAGGAUGUGGCAUGAACUAAGGUGUGUCUGUUAUAGUAUCUAUUAUGGUCACUUAUUUGGAGAAUGAAUUGUUUAUGAUUUGUACAAGAUAGUUUUAUUUUGACAUAUUAGAUCUUUGACUACUAGAUAUCUUUCCUAAUGGAGGUUUGGUAGCUGUCUUUCUAUUUAUUAUGUAUUUUGCUAGAAUUAUAAAAGACAGAUUCAUUGUUUUUAUGGAUUUGCCUUUGUUUCUGUUUGUUGUCAUGUCGCUUAAUCUUUUCACUGCCUGACAAUAUUUUUCCUAUAAUCACCUACAACUUUUCAGACAGUUUUGUAUCCUAGUCUCUUAAAUAGUUCUUAAGGUUGCAAAGACAAAAUUGAUCUACUUUCUCUUAUUUUGUGCAUCUAUGCAAGCUCUUUUUUUUUUUUCUUUUUUUUUAUGAUGCUCUGAAUGUAACCAAAAGAUGACUGUAGCAGCAAAAAAAUUAAGAGCAUCAUUGAGGAGAGGUCAAUAUCUAUCUCUGUGUUUAUAUCAAGCAUCUGCUCCUAAGCACUUCCACAAGGUCAUGGCAGUGACAAGAAUCUAUUUCUCUUCUGUCAUCAAAUCCUUCUCAUUAACCUUUCAUCUUGCAUGCACUCCAGCAUUCUGUUUUGUUUCACUGGACAUCAUCCUCUUGCAUUUCCUUCAUGUAUCAUAUUAUUUUAAUCCUAUAAGUCUACUAUUCUUUUUCAGUUCACUUGACUUCCUCACCCAUUCCAGAUUUCAUUCCUUCACCUUUACUUAACAUACCAAAUCUACCAAUUCUCCUAUAUACAUUUUCAGUACUUUCACCACAGGCAUUUCUCAAGUAACUCACUUCCACCACUACCUUUGUUUGAGGUGCCAGCUGAUGACUCUGCCCUGUGCAUAUAUAUAACAGAAUUGGAGGAAACAUUGCCCUCACUGGUGCUUUGCACCUUUACUUAAUGUCUAGGUUUUCACCUGAGAAAGACAUCCGAGGAUAUAAUUCUGAUCAUUCUUGGGUCAUAGGUUUGUAAAUAGCUUGUGCACACACACACACACACACACACACACACACACACACACACACACACACACACACACACACACACACACACACACACACACACACACACACACACACACACACACACACACACACACACAUUUAGAUAUUGAUUAAGUGCUCAUUUAAAAUCUCUCAGUCAGAACUAAAUUUCUGAUCCAGUUCCUUACUUAUAAUAUCCCUAAUAUACUUACUAUUUUUAUCAUAGUGAGCAGUACAUAUUUUUAUUUUAUUUUUUUUAUUAGCAAUACACAUUCAUCUGUGUAGAUACCAACUCAUUUUCUUUUAUCAUUCUAUUGAUUACUCCUUCUAGCCUUAUUUUUUUCUCUGUACUGCACACCUCUCCACCCUUCCUACCAUGCACAGUGUGGUGAAAGUUUGUUAGAUAAGUGAUUAGCAAAACAUGGUGUUGUGUGUGGGAUUCUGGUUGUGAUUUGGUGGAAUUGGGAUUGAGGAACUUAAGAACAUGAGGGAAGCUGCAAGAACCAAGUAAUUCUACACAUGGCAGUCCCUAUAUAAUACAGGUCCUCCUUGACAUACAACUGGGUUACGUUCCGGAAAGUGCAAUUGUAAAGAGAAAGAUCGUAUAGCAAAGUUAAGAUCAAAUGGAAAAAAUAGGGAUGCGUUCCAAGACCUGUAUGUAUGUGCUCUAAUGGCCCGUAAAUCCCACAAAAAACAUGGAAUAUUGUAUUGUAUGUAAAUACAGCUAUUGCCUAAAGUAAUAAAACACAUGUUACUUUAAUAAAAUAAACACAAGAAUAAAACAAUAAAAUAAAGAUUAAUACUUUUCCUUAAUCUCUUGGCCUUGGUAUGGCAAUCAGUGGAGGCUGCAGGGCAUUUGGCAUACAUAAUUGAUGAUAUAAAUUCACUGAUGUUGUAUAUCACUGGUAAAAUUAUAGGAAGUAGUACAGUUACAGUAAUCCUGGGCACUUCCACGCACAACACAGCUAGCGAAAACAUCAGUGAGCACAGGAAACAUUGGUUGUUGUAGCGUCACGGGGCUAUGAUCAUUCACCCAAACAAAUGCCUCUAUACUUGCAUGUAGAGCUUGGGUGAUCGUAAAAAUUAAGCAUAACCGAUCGUAUAGCACUCAAGGGGUAGUAAAGAAUGAUCAUAAAAACGAAUUAUCAUAAAACAGUGAAUUGAAUAACAGAGAGAACCUGUACAUGAUUCUGUGGUAUUUCAUGGUAGGAAUUGAAAUGUUUUCUACUGUUAUGUUAUAUUAUGUGGUUACUGACUUGAAUAUUGCAAUACAUGUAAUGAAGUACACUUUAGGAUGUGGAGCUCUUGCAGGUGCAGAUCUUUGGACUGGCCUACUUGAUCCCAUCCAGAUUUGAUCCCUCUUAAAUCUGAACAUACUUAAACCUGUCCCCAUCUAAAUCUAAUCUCACUUACAUCAGGCACCAGCUAAAUCUUCCACACCAAAUUCUGCCACCAUUCAAAUCUGACUCCAUCUAAAUCUGAUUCCAACCAAAUCUUUCCCCACCCGAAUCUGCUGCUGCAUUUAGGAGAAUUACACUAAAACUUGGAAAGCUUGAAGUGCUCGGUGACAGCAACUAUUACUUUGUAUGUAUGGUCAUGCUAAGCCUCUGUGGUCAGAGUGCCAUAAAACGGGUGUUGCAUGUUCUUGGCACACUGUAUACCAAUCCUCAUAUACAGUAUACCUAGACCCCCAUGUACAUACAGUUGGAAACUAAGUAAGCUUCUGUAUUCACUUCUACUGUGUUUGCAUUUCCCCUCCUCCUGGAGUCUGUGAUCUAGCUUGAAUCCACUGGUUGUUAAACUAAGUUAAUUGCCAGUGGAUAAGAGGGCUUAAGAUGGGGGGAAAAUGCUAAACCUGGUGGAACAGAUAAUGAGCUGUUACCAGACUUUUAAUUGUGACUAUAUAGAGAUAUUUAUAAGUGAGUUAAAAUACGUGCUUAAGGUGAAAUGCUACAGAUGUGACGUAAUGAAAAAUUACCAUUCCUAGAAUGGACUAUGAUGAAAAACAGUUAUGGCAAUAGAAUUUAUAUUUUUGAUAUGCAUUUUUUGGUUUAUUCUGGGAUUACAAACAUUUUUGGCUGUAUGUGUAUAAAUAUGAUAUUUUAUAAAAAGAUAUAAUGAUGGUAUUUUUAUGUACUUCAAAAAUAUGAUGUAUUGCAAUAAAUGGCUGAUGAUGCAUUGUGUCUAAAACAGAAAUAUGAUGUAUUGCAAUAAAUGGUUGACGAUG